AUGGAUAAAACUGCCAAUCGAUCGCUCCCCUUUGUGUACAACUACAAGAACCAUGAGGGCAUGGAGUGCACAUCGCAGCUGGACAUCACCUUUCCAUUCGACCAAGAAUCUCUGGAAGAGUGUGUGACCCAGUUGAUGAGCCAGAUGGAUCCAACAAUGCGUUAUCUGGACGAGAAUAUCAGAGUGGAGAAGGAGUUGCAAGAGUUUGUGGAUACGGAACACCAAAGGUUUUUGGAUGACCAUGCCGAGAAGCUCCUUAAUCAGGCUGCCAACGAAGAAUUGGACUUGGAGGCUAUAGUGCGGAACACAGAGCAACUGUACAAGGAUGAGCUGCUGCAGUUUGCGGAUCGCGUGGGUCCCAGUGACGCCGAUAUAUUUGCCCAGAGCUUUCAUAGGUUGGUCCACUCUUCUUCGCUGGAGGAUAUCCUAAAGCGGGAGCGGACCUAUGCCAAGGUUGUGGCCGACAUGACCGAGCACAUGGACAAUGAGGUGGAGACACUAAACAACUCGCAGCAGCAGGAGAUGGACAGCCAGAUAAACCAGCUGGAUAUUACCACGACCUCAGACGACAUAAAUAAUCUCCUGGCGCAGCAGUACACCACACAGAACUUCGUGCGCAAGCGGUAUGAAUCCGAACUGGAAGCUAUGAUGGGCCAUCAGAAGAACGAGUAUCGGGACUGGAUCACGAGCCAAGUUAGUCAAAUGUUCCAGGUGUCCCCGGUGGCCACGCCGCUAGGCAACCGCUCUUCGAUGUUUGUUUCGCAGCAACCUUCGAUGGAAGAGAGCUUCACCAUCCACCUGGGCUCUCAGCUAAAGCACAUGCACAACAUCCGCAUCCUCAGCGCCAACGUCACUGAGCUCUGCAGUCCGCUGCACGCCGAGGAGAGCCUGAAUGGCUUGAACAUGGCCCUGGGUCUGUACUCCAGCUCCCUGUGCGGCGUCGUAGUGCUAACCCCAUCCAUUCAGGUUCAGGCCAACAAGAAUAUCAUUAAGAACGCCAACAAAUCCACCGAGUUUCACUUCGAGCAGAUUGAUGUGCAACUGGAGAAUAUCGAAAAGCAGAUUCGCAGUCUUAGCACCGGCGAUUCCAGUAACAGUAGCAAUAGCAGCAGCACAGAAGACAGUGCCACGUCUUCUCCGACAAAGAAGCAUGUACCCAAACUGAAGACCGGCGACUUCUUCAUAACGAAGCACUCGAAUCUCUCGCAGUCCCAUGUCAUAUUCCAUCUGAUAUCGGACGAACCCAUCAACAGUCCUAGUGAGAUAAACUCACGACAUCCCGUGAUCUUAGGGCUAAGGAAUAUUCUCAAGACGGCGAGCAGGCAUGACAUUACCACGCUUACCAUUCCAGCGCUGUUGCGGCACGAGAUGAGCGAGGAUAUGACAGUCCAGUGGUGCAUCAGGCGAGCGGAGCUGGUUUUCAAAUGCGCCAAGGGAUUCAUGAUAGAAUCGGCGUCUUGGGGAGGAGCUGAAUUAAGCACUUUGCAAUUGCUACUGCCUGACGACAUAUCGGAGAGCUUGUUCACCACCCUGGCGGGUAUGGUGCCCAGCGUUUUCCAUGUGGCCAACCCGAAGAUUCUGGUGGACACCAACAAAUAACUGCAACUGGUUACAUUCCUCAGAGAAUAUUGAAAAGACUUUAAAUUAUUUGUAUGAAUAUACAGUUUAUUCAGA